AUGAGUCUAAAGUUUCUAACAAAUUUGUUCCUAAAGCAAGGGCAUUUCAUCAUUGAUGCUUCGGCAUUGACGAAAGGUUUAGGUAAUAUCAAGAAAUGGGUUGAUGAAGAACAGUAUACGAUUCAGCUGUUUAUUCCAUCGUAUACUAUUCAUGAAUUGGAUUAUUUGAAAAAGGGUAUCACAAUGAUUGCGACAAAUGCUAGAGAAAGUAUUCGUUUUAUUGAAAGAGUCGUUUCAAGUGAAGAAGAUUCUGCACAUUACAAGAUGGUAUUAGAAACCCCUGAAGAUGUUGGUCCUAAUUGGAGAAAAUGUUUAACAUAUAAAGUUCGUUCACCAAAAGUUCAUGAGUUCCCCAAUUCAAAACAAAAUAAUCACCCUUUAAUCCAUCAAAAUGCUAUUAAGUAUGAAAAUGAACAGAUUGAUUCUCAAGGUGAUAUUUUAGCACCAAAUACUGGGAAAUAUGGUAGAAAACCAAGACCUGAAAGAGCUGAAAUUCCAGCAAGGUAUAAAUAUUUGAUCCGACCAUGUAUCAAAAAGACUCACAUUGAUCAAGAAGAUUGGAAAUUGAUAACUGAAGAUCAAACAACAAGAACUUGGUGUGAAAGUUUUGGUAUUAAAUGCAUCAAUAUAGCUGAAGCCGAAUCUUUAUUGUUCCAUAAGAAGAAUCAAAUUGACCCAAACGAAACAAGUUAUACACUAAAGAGCCUUAGCUUGGAAGAUGAGAAAAAAGGUUCCAGCGCAAAAAUUGGUGGAAGAAGAAGAAGAUCAUCUCCUAAGAAAAAUCAAGCGUUCAAGGCAUCUGAAAAAUCAUCAGAUGGUAAUGCUCGUCUAGAAGAUUAUGAUUCAAUUUCGUAUGCACCAAGAGGUUCAGGUGAAUUAUGGGUCCCAUGA